AUAACAUAACUCUUAUCCAGAGAGACUUUACAGCAAUGGAGUCUUAUCCAGAGAGACUUUACAGCAACUGACUCUUAUCCAGAGAGACUUUUACGGCAACGGACUCUUAUCCAGAGAGACUUUACAGCAACUUACUGGAUGUGAGAUGGACAUUAAUGACUGGUCAGAUGGAUGCUAAUGGGAGAUAACCGCUGGCUGGGAGGUUGAGUGAGGAUACAACAGAGUGACAAAGAUCCCGAUGUAAUGAUCAGUCACUGGGGGACGUGCACCAAGAUCCUCCUGGUACUGGUGUCGCUGAGGGUCAUAUACUAUACCGUUCUGGAAUAUACCAACAACCCAAACCACCCCUACCAGCGUCCCCAUUCUAGGAGGACUCCAGAUCCUUCAAGAGGAGAGGACUUGUCCUCCGAGAGCAUCAGUUCAACGACUAACGAUGAAUCAACAUAUUAUGUGGAAGUUGAAACUCCAGACGACAAGGACACACCUACAAUGUAUGUUGACGUUGAACCACAAGCUGAAUCAGAAGUUUACCUGGACACAAUAUCCAUUCAGGACUGGCCAUCAAUAACACCGACCACUGGACUGGCCACUCCUCCUCCGUAUGUGUCCCCAGGACCGUACCAUGUAGAAUACCCAUCAGAGUACAUCUUCAUCCUGGAUGAGCCAGAGAAAUGCCGGGAGCAGAACCCCUUCCUGGUUCUGAUGGUGCCAGUGGCGCCUUAUAACAGGGAGGCCCGUGAGGCCGUCCGCAGGACUUGGGGCAGUGAGAGGCAGGUACUGGGCAGAGAGGUCUGUCUGUUCUUCCUGCUGGGACUGCCCAGUGGAGAGGAGACAGAGCAGCUCCAGGAGAAGGUGCUGCAGGAGAGCAAAGAGCACCAGGAUCUGCUGCAGAGCAACUUCAUAGACAGCUACAAAAACCUGACCAUCAAGACCAUGGUGAUGAUGGAGUGGCUGAGCUCUCGCUGCCCCAACGCCUCCUACGCCAUGAAGAUCGACUCAGACAUGUUCCUCAACGUGAACACCUUGGUCAACAUGCUGCUUCACGCUCCAACGCAAAACUACAUGACUGGACUAGUGGCCCGAUGGGGAGCCGUUCUAAGAGACCGUAACUCCAAAUGGUACCUUCCAAAGGAGGUGUUUCCUGAACCAGUAUACCCACCUUAUGCUCUGGGUCUGGGCUAUGUCUUCACCUUAGACCUCCCCAGGAAGCUGGUGGAGGCGUCCAGGCAUGUUAAAGCCGUCUACAUAGAGGAUGUGUAUCUGGGACUGUGUAUGAGACACCUGGGCAUCCGGCCAACUGACCCCCCCAGUGGAAACCUUUUUCAGGGGUAUGCAGGAGCCCAGGACCGCUGUCACUACAUGGCUGUUAUCACGACCAUCCUCGACACUCCUCAGGAGCUUCUGGACAUAUGGAGAAACAUGCACCAACCUGGGCCUGUCUGUUAUUGAAAACAACACUCUGGGAAAGACAAAUAGCCUUGAGGUUAGAGCGUUGGGCCAAUAACCCAAAAGGGUGAUGGUUCCAAUCCCGGAGCUGACAAAAUGGCAAAUCUGUCACUGUGCCCUUGAGCAAGCACUUAACCCCAGUGCUCCAUGGGAGCUGGACAAUGGUGUCCCUCACCGGGACCUCGCUCCCUGUGGGUGUCUUGUUUGAGCUGUGACUUUCUCUUGGAUGCUUUUCUCUGGGUGUGGUAGAGAAGGGUCACCUUAUCUCUGUGUUUGUGGGGGUGUAGUAGAGAAGGAUCACCUUAUCUCUGUGUUUGUGGGGGUGUGGUAGAGAAGGGUCACCUUAUCCCUGUGUUUCUGGGGGUGUGGUAGAGAAGGAUCACCUUAUCUCUGUGUUUGUGGGGGUGUGGUAGAGAAGGGUCACCUUAUCUCUGUGUUUCUGUGGGUGUGGUAGAGAAGGGUCACCUUAUCCCUGUGUUUAUGUGGGUGUGGUAGAGAAGGGUCACCUUAUCUCUGUGUUUCUGUGGGUGUGGUAGAGAGGGAUCACCUUAUCUCUGUGUUUCUGUGGGUGUGGUAGAGAAGGGUCACCUUAUCUCUGUGUUUCUGUGGGUGUGGUAGAGAAGGGUCACAUUAUCUCUGUGUUUCUGUGGGUGUGGUAGAGAAGGGUCACAUUAUCUCUGUGUUUCUGGGGGUGUGGUAGAGAAGGGUCACCUUAUCUCUGUGUUUCUGUGGGUGUGGUAGAGAAGGGUCACCUUGUUUCUGGGGGUGUGGUAGAGAAGGGUCACAUUAUCUCUGUGUUUCUGUGGGUGUGGUAGAGAAGGGUCACAUUAUCUCUGUGUUUCUGUGGGUGUGGUAGAGAAGGGUCACCUUAUCCCUGUGUUUGUGGGGGUGUGGUAGAGAAGGGUCACCUUAUCUCUGUGUUUCUGUGGGUGUGGUAGAGAAGGGUCACCUUAUCUCUGUGUUUCUGUGGGUGUGGUAGAGAAGGGUCACCUUAUCUCUGUGUUUCUGUGGGUGUGGUAGAGAAGGGUCACCUUAUCUCUGUGUUUCUGUGGGUGUGGUAGAGAAGGGUCA